AUGUCAAAAUGCGACUCCAGAAAUAUGGCUAAAGCUAGUCACACAACUUUAAGUUUGUGGCCUAGAGCAGAGCCAUUUACGUAUGGCAUCUUCCAAGUGCAUCCACAUCCAAGACUUGCUGUUCACAAUAUUAAAAAGCUUGUGACAUAUGCGAAAACUAAGAACAAGGCUGGGUCAAGGCUAAGUUAUUCUGUUUGGAAACAUGUUGCAUGCAAUAAACUUCAGCUAACUGAAGAUUUAGCAUGGGUUUUAUUUCACACUUGCCUAACUAUGUCAACGACGCACUUUGAAAAAUUAAAGGAGGUUGAUGAACGAAUAUUCACUGCAGGAAGCUCAGUCGAUUCUGAGAGGAUUCGUGGUUCUCAAUCAAUCGAUUUGUUUACUUUUGUCUUAUUCUUGUUUAUUCAGCAAAUCAACAAGAUAUCUUUGAGAGCCUCAGCAGUUUCUGCCAGUGCUGAAUGGCCCGGUAGCUAUAACCGUCCAUCAGAACUGGAUUCAGGUCGUUCGACUCCAAUCAGAUUAUGUCGCAACUUAGAUGAACAGUGUCACUUGCAGUUUAUCAGUGAAAACUUGAACGACAUACUCGAUCUCCUAAUUGAACCGGAUAACCAUGGGGGAAACAGUAUGGAUGCAAUAUUAUCGGAAGAUGCUAUUGAGGCUUUAAAUCUCAUUUUGGAAGGAUCAGCUGAUCAAGGAAGAUCACUUAAUUCUUUCUCAGAACUGGUGCAUAUGCCAACAAUUCUGCCAGCAACCGGUUAUUCCAAGGUUACACAUACUUUUCACUUACGUGGUCUUCAUUCUUGGAUUCGUUCAUGGUUAGCACAAAAUCCAUUUUCUGUUGAGAACUGUAUCCGAAAUGGUCGACGCUUACAAUGGCGUCUUCCUCACCAAGUUAUUUUAGAUCAUAGUUCCAUUCUAGGCAGUAAUCAACAGCAACAAAUACAGAAUGACAUUAUGAAGCGUCAAAAGAUUGCAACAAAUGCACAUCAAGUUCCAAGAAAUGGAGCUCAUAGUGGGAACAAGUUGGUCGUAAUGUCUAUGAUUUCUCGCCAAAUUAUUGCACGCAGUUCUGCUACACUUGAUGGAGCUACUCUUAAGAUACAUCGCGCUCAUUGCAGUUAUUUGUAUCUGUUAUCACCUAUGCGAUCUGUUACUCUGGACAAAUGCCGUAAGCUGACGAUUGUUUUGGGACCAAUUGAAAAUACUCUCCAACUUAAUCAAUGUGAAGAUUGUUUGGUUAUCUCAGCUUGUCGUCGGGCUGUUUUGGCUUCUUGUCGACGAUGUACCCUACAUUUAGCUAUUCAGUCUCAUCCAAUUCUAAUUCAACCACCGGUUCCAAAUACUACUAUCGGAAUAGGUAUAACUGGUGGAAAUACUUCAGGGAUAAUUGCAGGUGGUAAUCCUCCUACACCAGGAACACCUACAUCUAGUGGUGUAACACUAGUAGGCAAUGAAGAAAUUUUGUUGGCUCCUUUUCAUACAAAUUACAUGCGUUUAAUGGAACAUUUGAACCGAGUAAAUCUGAAUCCAAAAGUUAAUUAUUGGGAUCGCCCAUUCUUAUUGGGGCAAGACUCCAGCCGCCAAGAAUCAUCCCAGCAGCCAUCUGUGGGAAGUCGAUGUUGGGAUUUAUUACAACCUGCCCAUUUUUAUCCGUUCAAUAUACCUCUUUUAAUAUCUUCUCGGGGUGGUGAAACUAUGGAUCGUAACACAGUUAGUGGAGAUGCUCAUCCUCGUGUCAAUCAUUCUGCUGCCAAUUGUUUAGAUUUAAGUGCAGCGCUUAUAACUGAUACUGCUAGAUAUUUUGGUGAUUCAGAUGAAAAACGUUUAGAGAAUUAUAUUUCUAUGGCAAAUAGUAUUUUACCAAUUCCAUUACCUACUGCUUAUUUGAUUGCUCUUCGUGAACGAGCUUCAAUUUACCAAAAAUGGCCUCAACAUAUUGCGAAUUCAAGAUUAACUGCUGAACAACGGCAUAUUUUUAGUAAUAUUGUCGAUCAAAGAUUUAGACAAUGGUUAAUGGAAUCGGGUAAUUUGCGUCAAUUACAACUUUUAGAAUUGACUACAGGCCAUUUGAAUACAACUCAGCCUUCCAAUCCUACGAAUAAUUCACAUGAUAAGACAGGUGCUCCUUCACAACCUAUAGAUUCUGUUCUGCUACAAAGUCAUCCAGAUCAUUGUACUCGUAUAAUUCGUAGUUCGCAUACGAACAAUCGUACAAGUAAUCCUGUCCGAAAUGAACGUUUAGGCAAUUAUUCAAACAGUGCAAACCAUCAAUACAGUGAUGGGCACGUUGAUGAUCAUGGUUACGAUGAUGGGCAAGACUCCAGCCGCCAAGAAUCAUCCCAGCAGCCAUCUGUGGGAAGUCGAUGUUGGGAUUUAUUACAACCUGCCCAUUUUUAUCCGUUCAAUAUACCUCUUUUAAUAUCUUCUCGGGGUGGUGAAACUAUGGAUCGUAACACAGUUAGUGGAGAUGCUCAUCCUCGUGUCAAUCAUUCUGCUGCCAAUUGUUUAGAUUUAAGUGCAGCGCUUAUAACUGAUACUGCUAGAUAUUUUGGUGAUUCAGAUGAAAAACGUUUAGAGAAUUAUAUUUCUAUGGCAAAUAGUAUUUUACCAAUUCCAUUACCUACUGCUUAUUUGAUUGCUCUUCGUGAACGAGCUUCAAUUUACCAAAAAUGGCCUCAACAUAUUGCGAAUUCAAGAUUAACUGCUGAACAACGGCAUAUUUUUAGUAAUAUUGUCGAUCAAAGAUUUAGACAAUGGUUAAUGGAAUCGGGUAAUUUGCGUCAAUUACAACUUUUAGAAUUGACUACAGGCCAUUUGAAUACAACUCAGCCUUCCAAUCCUACGAAUAAUUCACAUGAUAAGACAGGUGCUCCUUCACAACCUAUAGAUUCUGUUCUGCUACAAAGUCAUCCAGAUCAUUGUACUCGUAUAAUUCGUAGUUCGCAUACGAACAAUCGUACAAGUAAUCCUGUCCGAAAUGAACGUUUAGGCAAUUAUUCAAACAGUGCAAACCAUCAAUACAGUGAUGGGCACGUUGAUGAUCAUGGUUACGAUGAUGGGCAAGACUCCAGCCGCCAAGAAUCAUCCCAGCAGCCAUCUGUGGGAAGUCGAUGUUGGGAUUUAUUACAACCUGCCCAUUUUUAUCCGUUCAAUAUACCUCUUUUAAUAUCUUCUCGGGGUGGUGAAACUAUGGAUCGUAACACAGUUAGUGGAGAUGCUCAUCCUCGUGUCAAUCAUUCUGCUGCCAAUUGUUUAGAUUUAAGUGCAGCGCUUAUAACUGAUACUGCUAGAUAUUUUGGUGAUUCAGAUGAAAAACGUUUAGAGAAUUAUAUUUCUAUGGCAAAUAGUAUUUUACCAAUUCCAUUACCUACUGCUUAUUUGAUUGCUCUUCGUGAACGAGCUUCAAUUUACCAAAAAUGGCCUCAACAUAUUGCGCAUCUUCAUGUUGAUAUGCUUAGAUAUAGACGUCAUGAAGCCAGUUGA